UUUUUUUUUUUUUUUUGAACUUUCUUCACGACCCACUCUCGCUUUCAGCGCGUGCUUCCACUUUCCAUCUCUUUGCCUUAAACACCUAUUUCUGGACAACCUUCCCGACCUCCAAGCCCACAAAAUUUCGCCCACUCGCUCACUGAGCGUGCGGACAAUCAGCACUCCCCCCAAAACCACACACUCUCUCUCUCUCUCUCUUUCUCUUUCUCUCUCUAGACUUCGUCGAAGAAGCUCCAUCGCCGAGAAAACUAGGAAGAGAUAGAGAGAGAUAGAGAGAGAGACAGAGACAGAGAGUUUUUUGAUUGGUUUUCGAGAAAAUUAUAAUCCAUAAAUUAUUUAAAAAAAAAAAAAAAAAAAACACCAAGCUGUGAGGAAGAGGUACACGUUAACAGCGUGCGCACCAUAGGCGCAUCCUAAUUUUUGUCAUCGCUAUCUCUGGUAUCAGCAUCGUCGUCGUCGUGUUUGAGUCGGCCAAAUCAAUGGCUGAGUUGACUCAGGGCGAGGUGGCUUACUCGCCGAGAACUCUGCAAGUAUGGAGAGCUCUACUGAACUGGUUGGGCUUCUUCUUCCAGAUCUUCCUUCAGAUCCUUAGAGCUCUGGGUCACCUCCCUCUGCUCUCUUCUUCUUCUUCCUCUUCUUCUUCACCUUCUUUCAAGCCCUUGCCGGUCGUCGAGCUGCCGGAGCUCGAUUCUUCCGCCGCCUCCACCGUCGAUAUCACCGACGUUAAAGAUUCCGUCUCCGACGACCCCAUAGACAGGCUCAAGGUUGUGCUCGACUUGGAUGAGACUCUGGUUUGUGCAUAUGAGACUUCAAGCUUGCCUCCUGGUGUUCGAAAUCAAGCAACAGAAGCUGGGUUGAAUUGGUUUGAGCUUGAAUGCAUUUCUUCAGAUAAGGAAUCUGAUGGAAAACCAAAGGUCAAUUAUGUUACUGUUUUCGAGCGUCCGGGGUUGCACGAAUUCUUGAAACAACUCAGUGAAUUCGCUGAUCUUGUUCUGUUUACUGCUGGUCUUGAAGGUUAUGCCAGACCACUUGUUGACAAAAUAGAUGCAGAAAACCGAUUCAUUCUUCGACUUUAUCGGCCAUCAACAACUAGCACAGAAUAUCGUGAGCAUGUUAAGGAUCUCUCCUGCAUAACAAAGGAUAUGUGUCGAAUAGUAAUUGUUGACAACAAUCCUUUCAGCUUCUUGCUGCAGCCAGUAAACGGAAUUCCAUGCAUUCCAUUUUCUGCUGGGCAACCGCAUGACACCCAGCUUUUGGAUGUCCUUCUUCCCCUCAUCAAGCAACUAUCUGAGCAGAAAGACGUUAGGCCUGCACUCUAUGAUAGGUUCCACAUGCCUGAAUGGUUUCAAAAGCAAGGAAUUCCUUCACCCGGUUGGACAUAGGAAGUAAAGGUAGAGAGGGAAAAUUCCACUCUUCUUGUGCAAACCCCGUUAAAUGUUCUGUUCAAACGCAGCAUGUCCUCGUUAGACUCUAGCUUCUGUACAGCAUCAAUUUGUUCCAGUUCAGUUCAGUUCACUUCAGUGCAGAUGUUGGUGAAAACCAUAUUUCUUUAGUUUUAUCAAAAGGUUUAGAUGCUGCAUCUUAUGGUUAUAUAGGCACACCAUUUACGUAUUUAUACAUUUGUUGGAAAAAAAUCUCUGAUUCAUGUGUAACUUUGUUUAUAGGCUUGCAGUUCUCUUCUAUGUUUUUAUAUCUUGUUGUAACUUUUUAAAAUUGUAUCAAGAAUCACUAGCAUUUUAUACGUUCA